UUGGUUGAUCCGACCAAGGACACAACGGUCGACGGUCGAUCCCGACCGUGUAGAAGGCCUUUAAUCUAAAGUAUAGCCAUGAUCUAUUCUAAGAACAUUAUGAAUUUUUUACUCGUUUGAGAAAGAGAAUCCAGUUCAUUUAAACGCUAAAACGAAAAUAAAUUUCGCUCGACAGUCUUAUGCAACACAAACGCGUAAACUAUGUAAAGUUUUCCUAUGUUGUACCGUUACACGACCACAUCUGGAACAAAAAAUUAUCAGUUUAGUUAUUAAUGUAAGAGAUUAAAGCUAAAAAAAUACAAAAUGAACGUUGGUAUCAGAGUGAAUCCUAAAAUCGUACUUCCAAUUGUGUUUGGGGUUGGUGCUGUUGUUGUCUUAACAUCAGCUUUAGCACAUUUCGUGUGGGGCAGGAAGCCCAAACCUGCUAAAAAUAAGAAGCCUGUGACUCUAGUGGACCCAAACACAAAAUAUCCCUUACCUCUCAUUGAUCGAGAAGAACUAAGCCAUGAUACAAGGCGGUUUCGAUUUGGUUUGCCUACUCCGGAACAUGUUCUGGGUUUGCCUAUAGGCCAACACAUUCAUUUAUCUGUUAAGAUAGACGACGACCUCAUUAUUAGAGCAUACACUCCAGUAUCGAGUGACGAAGAAAAGGGUUAUGUAGAUUUGGUUAUCAAGGUAUACUUUAAAAAUGUUCAUCCGAAAUUCCCUGAAGGAGGUAAAAUGUCCCAAUACUUAGAUAACAUGAAACUUGGUGAAACAAUUGACGUCAGAGGACCAUCGGGAAGAUUACAGUAUGCAGGAAAUGGAUUGUUUUUGAUCAAGAAGUUGAGGAAAGACCCACCUAUUAAAGUACCAGUUACAAAGUUAAACAUGAUUGCAGGUGGAACGGGCAUUACGCCAAUGUUACAACUCAUUAGACAGAUUUGUAAGGAUGCUAGUGAUUCCACGGAAAUGAGACUGAUAUUUGCGAACCAGACCGAACAAGAUAUUCUAUUAAGAGAUGAACUCGAGAAGUAUCAAAGUGAGCACCCUGAAAAUUUCAAGCUAUGGUACACGAUCGAUAGAGCAAAUGAAGGAUGGAAGUACAGUGUUGGUUUCAUCAAUGAUGAAAUGAUCAAAGAGCACCUAUUUCCCCCCGGGGAUGACGUCAUCGUGCUCAUGUGCGGACCCCCACCUAUGAUAAACUUCGCCUGUAACCCGGCCUUAGAAAAACUAGGCUAUCCAGAAAACUUGCGUUUUGCUUAUUAAGUUAAAAAAAAUUCUAGUGAAAUAUUUUUAUUUUACUACAUGCGUUAUUUGAAUGUGAAACUUGAAUAUAAUCGUAGUUUGUUAAGGACAAUAAAUGUUUCUACAUCAAUCAUGAA